AUCCUCCCCUGGGCGCAGGCACUGGUCUUCACGAACUUUUUCGUCUUCACCGUGCGCAGCGGGCUGAACGGGGGCUCCGUGAAGAGGUUCGGGUCGAUCGUUCAGGACAUCGCUCUCUCCGUCUUCAGCGGCAUGAUAUCCAUCAUGUGGGCAUCGCAAUGGGCGCAAGUCUGCGUCGUGACGGCCAGGUCUUUGGACUACUGGUUCUCUGCGCUGAUGGCCUGCCUGGUAGUGUACCUGUCACCGUAUGCGAUCCGUGCAGACCUGGUCGCCUAUCGCAUGAGCAUGAUCUACAUUCUGAGCCUUUGCGUAUGUCUCUGGAAUCUGAAGCCGAUAGUGAACCUCCCAUGGUUGCUUGUGCUAUGUUUCUCGUCCACCUGCACGCUGAUGUUCGGGGAGAACGCAGAGGAAAUCCAGAGUGAUGAGUACAGCUUCGAGCAUAUAUUGAGCGACGGGUUUCAGAACAUGGUUCUCUUGGUGGGCAUGAUCAUCGUGUUUAACCACCUCCUGACUUACAUCGUUCGCCUGGAGCUCCAGUCCAAGUUAUCCGAGCAGGAGCUCCGGGCGGCCACCUCGGUGCUCGGCUGCGUGUGCGAGGUGGUGGUCGAUCUCGACGCGGAGUUCAGGCUGCAGAGGCACUCGCGGGAGCUAGCUGACAUGCUGUUCCUGAAUCCCCAGCGCAGCCUCAAGCAGGAGGACAUCCGCUCGUUCUUGGUGUCCGAAUCCGACAACAGCAAGUUCACAGAACAGAUGGGGCAGCUGUUGCUGCGGGACGGCGGGAAGGAGCACUCAGACCUGAGCAAGACCUUCCAGGUGCUGAUGAAGGACAGCACGGGCAUGCCCGUGAACGUGCACGUGUUCGCCGUGUCCUAUUUUUGCCAGGGCGGGCUCCCGGCCUUCAAGGUGGGCGUCCUGGAGGUGAGCGACUCUGACUCCAUGCUUCUGCCAAACCUAGGGCAUCUGGCGGAGAUCAGGCAGCUGCGCCGGCGGGGUGGCCGGCCAAAGCAGGACCUGCAGGGAACGCCGCCGAGGCCGCCCCCCGGUCCGCCAGAGGACGCUGAAGACAGCGGCGGCAGCAGCAACGGCAGCAGCAGCGUCGGCGACCUGGGCGCUCUCGACCUGGAGCAGUCCCUGGGCUCGGAUCCUUCAGGCUCGACGUUUUCCAAUGAUUUCGAGGGGGACGCCCCCGCCUUCUGGUUCGACGUGCUCUCGGCUGGCUACGACAUUCUGUGCUUCUCCGACAGCUUCCAGCUCUGCUUCGGCACCUGCGAGCCCAGGGCCUGUUUUCAAGCCUUUGCGGGGUAG